AACCGCUGUCGUUUUUCUCCCUCCUGAAUCUUCGACGCUCCUCAACCGGCAGCCAAAUUGGGCCAUCACCGGCAGGAAAGAUGGUGAAGGUUCCCGCACCCGAAGGUCUUCAGCUUCCCGAUGAUCCAGCCAAGGCGGAUAAACUGUUGGAGGAAAAAGGCCUUGAGACGGGCAAGCCUAAACUAGGUUCCAUUGUAACCAUCAAAGUGGCCAUUACUGAGAGCACUGAAUUUAGGGUAAGUUUAGUGUGCGUGCGAUAA